AUGGCUGGUAAAAGCUCUAUGACACCUGCGAUGUUUGCUGCGAGGCUUCGCGUGAACCAGCAGCAGCUUCGAUAUUUCGCCGCUGGCAUCUGUGCCCUCAUGGGCCUCUUCAUCGUCUUGCACUGGAUCCGAUAUAUAUUCAACAGAGCAAAUUCCAAGAACGGGUCUCUCUCUAGAACCGCUUACCCAUUCAGAUUGAUCUCAAGGAACGCGAGGAAGCUACUCGUCCGGAAGAUUCCCGGCUUCACCUCGAGUGGUCAUGCUCUCCUAGUCGCAGCAUAUCUAGCAGUAAACAUUGCCCUUACCUUUACCAAUGUCACCUUGGUAUAUUCAAGCAUCGCCAAUAGAUGUGGAUGGAUUCUCUCAGCAAACUUCGCCAUCGUGGUCUUCCUGGCCCUGAAGAACACACCGCUGGCUUUUCUUUCUGCGUACUCAUACGAGCGUCUGAACGGCCUCCACCAGAUUGCUGGGUACACAUCCUUCGUCUACCUGGUACUCCACGCCGCUAUGUACACACAUUACUUCCUCGUCAACAACCGCGCUGAAACGCUGAAGACGCACACCUCCAUUGCAGGCAUCAUUGCUGGUUUUGCCUUUCUCGGCGUGCUCGUGUCUGCUGUCAUCAUCCGGCGGAUCUGGUACGAGGCCUUUUAUGUCUCACACAUUGUGUUCUUCAUCGUGGCCCUCAUCUGUUCGGCCUACCAUCAACCCGUGCUCGAGGACGGACUCAUUAUUAUCUUCGCGCUCAUCGCCGCCAUGUGGGGCACUGACCGCCUCCUUCGCGCGUCGAGGAUGUGGUACCGCGCCAUUAAUAACGAGGCCACCCUCGAGCCGCUGCCCAACGGCGGCACGAAGAUCACGCUGAGAAAGAGACCUCACGGUGUGGUCCCCGGCAAGCACUGCUUCGUUUGGAUCCCCAAGAUCCGCUUCCUCGAAGCCCACCCCUUUACUGUCGUCGCAAGCGAGCCUAUGGAGUUUGUCGUCAACUCCUAUGAUGGCUUCACGCGCGACCUGCGCAAGUACGCUCUGGACCACCCUGGAGCAAGACUCAGGGCGUCAGUUGAUGGUCCAUAUGGCACAUUCCCCGACCCAUUGGAGUACGACAAGGUUGUCUUGAUCGCGGGCGGCAGUGGUGCCAGCUUCACCUUUGGCUUGGCUGUCAACCUGCUGGAAAGGAUGGGCCCGGAGUCCUUGAAGAACAUCACAUUCAUCUGGGCGGUUAGAAAACAUGAUAACCUCUCGUGGUUCUCCCAGCACCUCAACACUCUUCGGACUCACGAGCACUCGCCCAAGGUCAACGUCUCGCUAUACGUCACAGCAGCUCCGAGAACCCAUGGUGUAGUAGAACAACGCCGUGGCUCGGUGCUCAUCACUGACCUCCGACAAAUGCACCGCGUCACCACCACAUCCUCGGACGAAGCCUCUGACAGCAGUCCUGCAAGCCCAACAGGUCAUCACGAGCUCAACGAGAAGGCCCUUGAGCGGGGCAUCGUCACCACCACCACCACCACCAAGAACAGUGGUCGCAGUACCACCACCGACACUGAGAAGGCCCCCGAAAUGCACACCCACCAGCAGCGGACGCCAAGCGACGACAGCCUGGCAACGACCUACAGCGUCGCAGGCUCCACCGCAUCCGCAGCCGACGUCCAUCGCGACGUGCUCAAGGCCGGCCGGCCCGACACAGCCACGCUGAUCCGCGACGCCGUGCGCUCCACGCCAGCGCAUCAGCGCGUGCUGGUUGCGGCGUGCGGUCCCGACGGGCUCAUGCGCGUCGUCAGGGACACGACGGCCAGCCUGAUCAGCGGCGACGGGCCAGGCGUCGAGCUGCACUGUCCGAAUGGCGCCAUCCGUGGAAUAUGCCCAGCCGAGCGGCGCUUCUCGAGCGUCGGCUAG